AUGUCAGAUAUAGCAGAACAUCACGACCUCGUCAUUCUGGGCGCCGGCCUCUCAGGCAUAAACACUGCCCACGUCGUGCGCCAACAACUCCCCCAUCGCCAACUCACCAUCCUCGAAGGCCGAUCCGUCAUAGGCGGAACAUGGAACUUUUUCAAAUUCCCCGGCUUCAGAUCUGAUUCGUACAUGACAACCUUUGGAUUCAGAUGGCACCCCUGGCCGCACACGCACAAGAUUGCGUCGGCCAAAGAAAUCGUCGCAUACAUUGAAGACGCGGCCAAAAAGGACGGCACGUACGACCAAAUCCGCUUCAAUCACCAAGUCACUGACGCGGAGUGGCGCGACGAGGAAAACUUUUGGCGAUUGACGGUCCAGCAUGGCGGCAAGACGAAGAUCCUGGCUGCGAACUUUGUCUUUGGCUGCACAGGGUACUACGCCUACGACCAGGCCAUGCCGGCUGCGAUUCCUGGGAUUGAAAGCUUCGAAGGGACGGUGGCGCAUCCGCAGUGGUGGCCGGAGGAUCUGGACUGUACCAGCAAGCGCGUGGUGCUUAUCGGGUCUGGCGCAACGGCGUAUACGAUUGUGCCUGCGCUGGCUGAUAAAGUCGCACGGUUGACCAUGGUGCAGAGGAGUCCAAGUUAUGCGGCGGCCAUUCCGAGGACAUCGUGGGUGGACACGUUUCUGCGGAUGAUACUGCCUAUUAGUCUUGCGCACUGGAUUUGCUGGUGGAAGGAUAUUGCGUAUGAGAUGUUUAUCACGCAGUUCAUGGUUCACUUUCCUGGUAUUGCCAAAUUUGCGUUGCGUCUGAACACGAAGAAUGCUUUGCCAAAGGACUGCGACGUGGACGUACACUUUAAUCCGCGGUAUAACCCACUUCAACAGCGGCUGUGCCUCUGCCCGGAUGGCGAUUUCUUCCAGGUCAUGCACCAGGAUAAUAUUGAGCUUGUCACCGAUGUGAUUGACAGGGUUACCCGGGACGGUGUAUUGCUCAAGUCAGGCCGUAAGCUCGAUGCGGAUGUUAUCAUUACGGCGACAGGACUUUACUUUCAAGUAAUGAGCGGGAUAGCUGCCAAGGUGAACGGGGUGAGAAUUGAGCCCGGUUCUCACUAUACCUGGCGAGGAACGAUGCUGGAUUCGCUCCCGAACAUGGGCUACGUCCUGGGGUAUGUUUUGCAGUCGUGGACUCCUGGUGCGGAGGCCAUUGCCAAGCUUCUUGUUCGCGUCAUCAAGACCAUGGAGGAGAAGAAGGCUGCCAAGGCUAUGCCUGUCUUGGAGUAUAGGAAGGACAUGCCGAGGAAGUUGGCCGUCGACAUGAACAGCAACUACUUUGUCAAGGCUGCGGAUAGAAUUCCCAAGGUCACUGGGGAGGAUCCUUGGUAUGGGCGUACACACUGGAUCCGUGACAUGUGGAGCGUUUUGUUCGGAGACAUUGGCAAGGGGCUAGAAUUUAGCGGCGUACAGCAGGAUAAGAAGCAUCUGUGA